AUGGGCGAGAUUAGUCUUUCAGAACAUCCUGAUCUACAACAAGCCUGGCGUGAUAAAAAUGCUCUGCGGAGCAGUUGGUUUUACAGUUUGAAAACUUUGAAGCUGUUCAGAUGUGAAAUUCAACCAUGUGCAAUUCCAUCUCAUGUUCUUCCUUAUUUAAAUAGCUUACAAGAACUGGAAGUAAGUGAAUGCGACAAUGUAGAGGUAAUUUUUCAAAUGAAUAACACUGAUGUUUUGGGAAAAUUGAAGAAAUUGAGUUUACAAUGGCUAUGGGGGCUGAAGCAUGUGUGGGAAAACUAUCAUCAAGGAAUUUUCAGUUUUCAAAAUUUGCAACAAGUUUUUGUAGACUAUUGUCCAAAUCUGAAAACUCUGUUUCCUGAGGCCCUGGCCCACAAUCUUAAGAAGCUCGAGAAACUUGAAAUAAAAUCUUGUCGUGAAUUGCAAGAAAUUAUUGAAAAGGAAGAAGAGGCAACAACAGCACAAGAGAAAAAAAAGUUUGUGUUCCCACGUUUAACCUCAGUGGUUCUUUAUGAUUUGUCACAGCUAACUUACUUCUACCCUGAAACAUUCACUCUGGAAUGCCCUGAGUUAAAUAGUUUUAGUGCGUACCGUUGUGAUAAUUUGGAGGUAUUUCAAAGUGAGCAAGGAGCACAUCCAAACAGUGACUACGAAGUUAGUAGUACUUCAAUUGACAGACAAUCCCCAGUCUGGGAUCUAAAGGCUAUUCCCAACCUGAAGGAAUUGUGGCUGGAUGAGAAACACAUUUCCAUGUUAAGGUUGAACUUAGAACAAUCUAAGGAAGAACUCAAAUGUUUUAAUCAACUUGUCCUGAUCUAUAGUGGAUAUGAGCAUCCCUACCCUACGGUGCCGUACAAAAUACUUGAGAUGACACCCAAUUUAGAAACAAUGUUUAUAAGCUAUUGCAGUGUGUCCGAAAUUGGUGAACACAGGAUGCCUGAACACUUGAAAACAUUGUUUUUGUAUGGAAUGAGUGGGCUCAUGUCCAUCGGGUCAGAAGACUUACCGUGGUUAAACACACUCUGUGAGAAGCUCCACAAAUUAUAUGUUUUCAGCUGUUCUGAACUGACAACAUUACUACACUCUGUGAGAAGCUCCACAAAUUCCACAGUAUCUUUCUCCUAUCUAAAAGAAUUGAUUGUGGAGGGAUGUGAUGAAUUGAUGUAUUUAUUCACAUCGUCAGCAGCAAAAAAGUUAAGGCACCUUGAGGAGAUCAGAGUCAGUCACUGUGAAUCGAUCAAAAAAAUAGUGGCAGAAGAUGAAACAACUUCAGAAGAUAUCAAAUUUGAGCAGCUGGAUAAGAUAGUUCUCAAAGAUUUAUCAAGACUGGAAUAUUUUUAUUCAGGCAAUGAUACAUUGCAGUUACCCUCUCUAAUACAAGUGGACAUAAGUGAUUGCCCCAAGAUGGAAUUUUUUUCCCAAGGAUUGAUACAUGCCAAAUCUUUUAGAGGAAUUCAAGUUUUGUCCCAUUCAAAUUAUGAUUUGUUCUUCCAAGGUGAUCUUAACACCUUAGUAAAAUCUUUUAGAGGAAUUCAAGUUUUGCCCCAUUCAAAUUAUGAUUUGGUCUUCCAAGAUGAUCUUAACACCUCAGUAAAUAAGGUGUUUCUUCUACAACCAUUUACCUGUUCUCCUUUACAUCUCGGGGAGUAUCCAAUAUUGGAAGAGGUAUGGCUUCAGCGAGAAACAGUCCCAAGCUGGUGUUUCGACAACUUAACUUCUUUAGUCGUGGUUGGGUGUGAAUUUUUAACAGAUGUCAUACUUCCUUCUCAUUUACUUCCUUUCCUGAUUAACUUGGAAGAGUUGGAAGUGAGGGAAUGUAAUUCUGUUAAAGCAGUAUUCAAGUACUUGUCCAAAUCUACAACUGGCAAAAUAUUGCCUAAUCUAAACAGGAUGGAGGUAGGUGACUGUAAGUCAAUGAUAGAAAUAGUGGGUAAAGAGGGAGAUGAAUCAGGUGAAGAUGAGAUAAUAUUUGAGAUGCUUGAGAUUUUGACUCUAUACUUGUUACCAAAACUUGAAAGCUUUGACUCAUGGAUUUCCACUUUGAAUUUCCCAUAUUUGGAAGAAGUGUCAUUCAUCCAAUGCAGCGGCAUGAAGUACUUGUUCACUCCCUCAACUGCCAAAACCGUCAAAAGAUUGCCAAAUCUGAAGGAGAUACGAGUAUCUGACUGUGAGUCCUUGGAAGAAAUAGUGGCUAAAGAGGGAGAUGUACCAGAUGAAUAUGCGAUAAUAUUUGAAAAGCUUGAGAUUUUGACUCUAGAAUCUUUGCCAAGACUUGGAAGCUUUGACUUGGGGAGAUCCACUUUGAAUUUUCCAUGCUUGAAAAAAAUGUGGUUCUUCAAAUGCCACGAUAUGAAAUACUUGAUCACAUCCUCAACGGCCAAAAAAUUGCCUAAUUUUGAGGAGUUAUAUGUACAUGACUGUAAAUCCAUAAAAGAAAUAGUGGCCAAAGAGAGAGAUGAAUCAGAAGAAGACGAGACCACAUUCCAAUGGCCUAAGCUUUUGGGUUUAUCCUUGUUGCCGAAACUUGAGAGCUUUUACUCUGGGAGUUCCACCUUGAAUUUAACAUGUUUGAAAGAAUUGCAUUUCUCCGAUUGCCACAACUUGAAAAUUUUCCGUUAUGCUGACAUAGUACCAGAAGAAUUGAAGGUGACAAUAGACUUUGAACGUUGGGAAGGUGAUAUAAAUGAUGUGAUCAGAGAACAGUUGAGGAAGGAGGUAGCCUGAGUUAGUAUAAUGACAGGUUCAAUGGGUCUGGAAGAAUGCAAUUAGAUGAUAAGUGGAUAACAACAUUGCAACAACUAUUGACAAAUUUGGGGUUUUUCUUUUUCUUCUGGAAUAUGGUGUUCAUGAAUAAAGUUUUCGUGUAUGUCUACACGAAGUGUGUGGUUUUUAAGUUUCAUAAGGGUGUUUUUUUUUAAAU